AUGAUAAAAGUAUUACCUUGGAGUGAUUACGCCCUGGCGGGGAUUUCUUUGUUUAUUGGCGUCGCCUGCAACAUUCUUCAACCGCUGUUUCUCAGUCUUCUGUUAUCUCUACUCCUGAGAACUGGGACGGAGUUACAAAACAGCUGGCUGUUUACAUAUGCAAGCGGGCUUUUUUGCAGUUUGUUGUUUCGCGUGGUUGUUAUGAAUCAGUACCAGAGCAAAGUAAGUUUUAUGGGCAUGCGCUGGAGAACAGCCGCGAUUGGUGUCAUUUACAAAAAGGUAAGCGAUAACUGAGAAAACUUAUAACACAGGGGCGGAUCUAGGUCAUCUAGGGGGAGGGUGCAGGGGUGCCCACCCCCCGCCCCCCACCUGAGAUGACCUGCGGUUUUCUAAUACAACUGGUAAUUCCACAAAAAAAAAAAACUAUGUGGUUUAUUGGUGUUGAAGUAGAGCAAGAGACGAGUGCACCCCCUACUAAAAAAAUCCUGGAUCCGCUUCUGUAACAACAGAUCGCGGUGCAACCUGAAGCCAAUUACAUGUGUUGUUGUACUAAUUAAAAUCAGUUCGCGUUUUUUGGCCAGGCUUUGAUCAGGCGAAAUAGAAUUUUCGUGUCAUUCUCUUGUGCAAAAAUAUAGCUGUCUGUGUUUUUGAGAACUGCAUCUUAUAAAAGGGCUGAAGUACGUCCAGUCUAUUAUUAUUCGAGCAUGCGAAACAUAUUUUUACAGACUAACAGCGGCCUGGCCUGGAUAGAACAACUUUGUCGAUCUGAAAGAAUGUUACAUUUUAUCAUUUUCUGUGCUCUAAUUAUUCCUGUAAUCUUAAGAUCUACAGGCUACGCCUCAAAGAUCUCACACGUGUGCAGCCGGGUCAGAUAAUAGCCCUGGUUACUCAUGAUGCCCAGCGACUUGAUCAAGUCUUCCAGAAAGUAGGCUACAUUCUUCAGGGGUUCUUAGAGCUGGUAGCUGUAACUGCUUUAAUCUGGCGCCUUAUUGGAUUCCAAGCUAUAUCCGGGAUCAUAUUCCUUAUUGUUCUGUUAGCCUAUUACAUUGGAAUGUGGGACGUUUGCAUGAAGCUGCGCAUGCGCAUAGCAAGAUGGACUGAGCGGAGACUAAGCAUAGUGGAGCAGAUUGUGAGUGGAAUACGGGCCAUUAAAAUGAAUACGUGGGAGUGGCCUUACAAGAACCGGGUAGAGGAGAUACGAAGGUAAAAAAAAUAGCAUGUGUCUCUUACUGUACCAUAAAAUUUCACAUUUUGAAGAACAUGCAGUCUCAUUCACUCAAAGUAAUCACGGAACCCAUUAGUAAAAAAAUCAGUGAUAUUCGACAAAAAUCUACCCCAAGCUUGUUGUUAUUUUUUUCCUUUUUUAUUUAUUCGUUAUAGAAAAGAACUUCAGUACGUACGCCAGAAGAGUGCCAUUUUGUCUACAUUUGCGACCUUUCUUCAUACUAGCUCCAUUGUGGCAUGUUUUAUCUCCCUGACCACCCUAAUCAUCACUGGAGUUGAGCUCAGCACCUACAACAUUUUUAUGGUGCUCGCGUUUAUCAGAACCAUCCGCUUGUCUGCCUCAUCAACUUUUGCUGCCGGUGUAAACUUCAUAGGUGCUGCAGCUGGUUCGCUUGGGAGAAUUCAAUCGUUCCUAGAACUCGAAGAAACGGUUUACUCCGAGGGAAGCUACAGCAGAAAGAGAACACGCUCAAAGAUUCGAUCCUUCUUAGAUCUGACGGAUGCAGAAAUGUCCGAGUACCUUUCCAACGAGGACUUGACUAAGAUCUCCAAAGACAUCAAAGUCGGAAACACUGUUCCACAAUAUGAGCCCGCACUCAUCAAGCAGCAGUCUCUCGAUAUCGCGGAUAACCCAUCAGGUGAUCUACACGUAACCUUUGAAAAUGUAUCCUGUUAUUGGGGAAGUGGGAAUAGAUCAAUAGCAUUGAGAAAUGUAACAUUUAGGACCACCGCUAAAGAACUGACCCUUGUUAAUGGUCCGGUGGGAUGUGGGAAGUCCUCUCUCCUUGCGGCCAUUCUUGGGGAACUCCCUCCAACUGAGGGACAGAUCUCAAGCGUCGGAAAGAUCGCAUACGUGCCACAGACUCCAUGGGUGUUUAGCGACACCCUAAGGGAAAACAUUGUAUUUGGAAAGCAAUAUAACCCGUUCAGGUAUCAAGCUAUAGUCAAUGCCUGUAACCUGCAAAAGGACAUCGACAAGCUCUCUGAUGGCGACCUUACGCUUAUAGGAAGCAAUGGAUUUACUUUGUCACAAGAUCAGCAAGCUCGUAUUGGCAUCGCUAGAGCAGCAUAUUCAGACGCUGACAUCUAUCUUUUGGAUGAUCCUUUAUGUGCAGUAGAACCUAGAGUAGCUGAACAGGUUUUCGCCAAAUGCAUUUGUGGACUACUAUCAAAGCGAGUCCGUAUUCUCGUGAGCCGUCAGUUGCAGUUCGUGGAGCGAGUGGAUCAAAUCCUGACCAUGCGCGCAGGGACCAUAAUAAAUGAAGUGACCUCACAAGUUAUGGGUUACAGAUCUGUUAAGCUUCAUUCGCCAGGAGGAUCAAGAGAACCGGAAAGAAAAAUUCCUGUGAAUAAAACAGUGGAGUUUGUGAUAGAGGAAGAAAUCCAAGAAAAAUAUCGAACACGGUCAAACCUGUUUGAAGAAGAAGAAAUGAUGGGGCCUGUUUCCUUAACAGUGUACUGGAAAUAUCUUAGAAACGGCGCUUGUCUUCCUUUCCUGGUUGCUUUUGCUAUUUUUACCUUCUGUGUUCAAGGUAAGUACCCUUUACCAUUAGAAGAUUAACUCUGAUCAAAGUUUUGUUAACAUGCAUAAGAGUAUGUAACAAUGGAAAGGCCUCGCAAGUUAUAAUAACUAUUUUUAUUCGCAAGUCCCAAGUACAUUGCUAUUGAGGGUAGCGGUUUUGUGCGCGCCAACUUCAAAGUUCUUAGCAGUUCUUUUCUCUUCGAAAUAGACUGGAAGGAAAAUGCGGAAAUAACGCAAGUUAGAUCUGUUUAAGGAUGUAUAAGCUUUAUUUUAUUUUUGUCUAACAGGGGCUAUUCUUGUCCCGGAUAUUUGGUUACUGCGCAUGAGUGAAUUCGCGCCACGUCUGUCCUUGGAUCAAACGAGCUGGUACAUUUACGCUGCUAUGGUGGGCGGAGUUUUUAUGCUGACAAUCUUACGUGCAUCAUUUUUCUUCGCCACAACUCUUCGCUCCUCUGAACGUCUCCAUCAAAAGAUGAUUGUUUCUGUGCUUCAAGCGCCAAUCGCCUUCUUUGACACACACCCAACAAAAAGUAUUUUGAAUCGCUUCUCUAAAGAUAUCGGUUGUAUGGAUGAACUUCUUCCGAGUGUGUUCUUAGUCGCGAUUCAGAUGACAUUGUUCGCUAUUUCGGUCUUCUUGCUUCCUGUAAUUCUCAACCCAUGCGUGUUUCUGGUGGGAGGUCCUCUGUUUGUUUUAUUUAUCAUUUUCUGGAGCUACUACCUAAAGACCGCGCGCCAGGUUAGGAAACUGGAGAUUAGUUGCCGCAGACCGGUGGUUGGUCAUUUCUCUGAGACGCUGACUGGACUGGUGACAAUAAGGACGCACAGCAUGCAGAAAGCCUUUACGGAGGGCUUCUAUGGGUUUGUAAAAAUUUUUGUUGUUUCUCUUGCACAGCUNUGGAAGGAAAAUGCGGAAAUAACGCAAGUUAGAUCUAUUUAAGGAUGUAUAAGCUUUAUUUUAUUUUUGUCUAACAGGGGCUAUUCUUGUCCCGGAUAUUUGGUUACUGCGCAUGAGUGAAUUCGCGCCACGUCUGUCCUUGGAUCAAACGAGCUGGUACAUUUACGCUGCUAUGGUGGGCGGAGUUUUUAUGCUGACAAUCUUACGCGCAUCAUUUUUCUUCGCCACAACUCUUCGCUCCUCUGAACGUCUCCAUCAAAAGAUGAUUGUUUCUGUGCUUCAAGCGCCAAUCGCCUUCUUUGACACACACCCAACAACAAGUAUUUUGAAUCGCUUCUCUAAAGAUAUCGGUUGCAUGGAUGAACUUCUUCCGAAUGUGUUCUUAGUCUCGAUUCAGAUGACAUUGUUCGCUAUUUCGGUCUUCUUGCUUCCUGUAAUUCUCAACCCAUGCGUGUUUCUGGUGGGAGGUCCGCUGUUUGUUUUAUUUAUCAUUUUCUGGAGCUACUACCUUAAGACCGCGCGCCAGGUUAGGAAACUGGAGAUUAGUUGCCGCAGGCCGGUGGUUGGUCAUUUCUCUGAGACGCUGACUGGACUGGUGACAAUAAGGACGCACAGUAUGCAGAAAGCCUUUACGGAGGGCUUCUAUGGGUUUGUAAAAAUUUUUGUUGUUUCUCUUGCAAGGCUCACAGCGCAAGCUAGUCCAGAAGACAGAAAUGUUUUUAACGAAAGAUUUAGAAUUAAAAAUCCUUACCAAGUGAUUUAUUUGAUUUUAACUCAGUUACCAGGAUUCUCACAGUCAAGGAUGCUCCACAAACAUUUCUUGCGGGGGCUGGAUCGGGUUCCGCCUCGACAUGGUGUGCGCGGUGUUCGUGAUUGUAGUAACCGCUGGAGCAUUUUACGUCAAGUUAGAUGCAGGUAGGUAUCAUUACUGUAGGCUGUGCCUCUAACCUUUAAACUACUUCCAGUUAAAGACCGAAAGAAACUGGCUCUUUCAAUUUCAUUGGUUUUUCAGCGCUUACAAUUCUAUCGCUGAUCUACGCCCUGCAGCUGUCACUUGACAUGUCACAGAAUGGCAUCAAACGCUGUGCAGAAGUAGAAAACUACAUGAGUGCUGUGGAUCGUAACCUGGCCUGCUCUGAGAUCGAACGGGAGCCUGGGUACGCGAUCGAGAUCCAGCCUCCAAUACCAUGGCCUAAAGAUGGUGGAAUCAGUUUUGAGUGUGUUUCUUUGAGUUACAGCAGAGAAGGAUCAAGAGUUCUGAAAGAUAUCUCCUUCACAGUGCAGCCUGGGGAAAAGUUGGGCAUUGCUGGACGACCGGGUACCGGUAAAUCAUCGAUCGUGAAUGCUCUUUUUCGAAUGCCAGAAUGCGGAGGAAAGGUCACAAUUGACGGUGUUAGGAUAAACAACCUUGAGCUUCAAGCAAGCAGGCGCGGCAUGUCAAUUAUCACUAAGGAACCAAUUCUCUUCAUGGGUUCACUGCGCAUGAACGUCGAUCCGUUUCUAAACCACAGCGAGAAGGAAGUCUGGGAAGUACUAGAGAAGUGCCACUUAAAGUCCUGGGUCGAGAGUCUUCCAAAACAGUUGUACCAGGACCUCGCGGACUGUAGCGCGACAUUGGGUCCUAGUGAAAGACAGUUGAUCUCAUUUGCGCGUGCACUGCUACACAAAAGCAAGAUCGUGAUAAUAGAUGAAGCUACAUCCAGCGUGGAUUAUCGUACUGAUCGUCUUAUCCAGGAAGUGAUCCGUACCUGGUUUAUUGAUUGCACUGUCAUCACUAUCCCACAUCGACUGAGUACGAUUAUCGACUACGACCGCGUCAUGGUCCUGGAGCGAGGAAAGAUUGUCGAGCUGGACAAACCGGAAGUCUUGCUGAGGAGAAACGAUGGUUAUUUUGCCCACUUAUAUGGAAAUCAAUGUCCGUCAUGA